UUAUAAGGCAUUGCAAGAAGGAUCGCAACGGAGUGGCGAACGGAGGAUCCGCUCGAUGCCCAUCGUAGUCUCUCUCCCCACUGUCCACCGCCUGCCACACUGCUGCUGUUGCUGCCGCCGUUUCUGCUGCGCCGAUCAGCGAAUUUAAUGGAUCUGCUGCCCUCGUCGGCUUCGUUGCGCUCGUCUUCUCUUUUUCUCUCACUCGGUUUGACAUUCUCGUUACCCUAAACCCCAUCCCUCUCUUGAUCUCCGUCAGAUCUGGAUGAGUCGCUCAAAUGUUGCUCCGGCGAGAACUUGCACGGGGACCCUUGGACCGUAGCUCCUCUUCGCUGAGUCGGAGUCGGCGUCAUCGGUUCCUUUAUUCUCGAUCUCCUCUUCACUGAGUUUCUGUGUCGGCCGGAACGUCUACUUGUUUGAAACAUCAAAGUCGUCCCGGAGAUGAACCCACUGUGCUGCAUUGCCCCUGUGUCUCUGGAUCGGGGCGACCGCGGGGACCCCUCGCCCAUGGUGGGCCUUAAGGCCGCGAAGCCGACGAAUGGGGAGGAGAGCCCCACCAGGAACUCAUCGAGCAAGAAGCUGAUCCAGGAGCCAAUGAUCCUCUCGGACUCCGACGGCGCUGCGUGUCUGGACACGGAAGCUGAGGAGGCGGCGGCGCCAGAGAGCGGGGAUGGGAGGGGCGCGAGCGGAAAUGGGGCGGUGGCGGGGGUUCUAUGGAAGUGGGUGAACUACGGGAAGGGGUGGCGGUCUCGAUGGUUCGUGCUGCAGGACGGGGUGUUAUCAUACUAUAAGGUCCAUGGGCCACAUCGGAUAUCGCUCGGUUCGGCGGCGCGCGAGUCUGGGGUGAGGGUCAUCGGGGAGGAGUCGUUGAAACGGGUGAGGAAGGAACAGCAGUUGGGCUUGGGGAGUGGAGGGUACCAGGGACUGUCAGCCACGAAACAAUGGAAGCCAUUUGGAGAGGUACAUUUGAAGGUCUCUUCAGUUCGCAUCAGCAAGUCUGAUGAUAAAAGACUGUAUAUUUUUACUGGUACUAAGACUCUCCAUUUACGGUGUGAUGCUAGAGAUGACCGUACUGCAUGGAUUGAUGCUCUAUUGUCUGCUAAGGAGCAUUUUGCACGUUCAUUAGAAAUUAAUGAACCUGAAUCGUCAGUAGAGGUUACUGUCUCAACUGAGAAAUUACGAGCAAAACUGAUGCAGGAAGGACUGAAUGAAUUAGCAGUGAAGGAAUGCGAGUCUAUUAUGCUAUUAGAAGUCUCUGAGCUGCAGGACCGAUUUAAGUUCUUGCAACAGAAACAUCUUAUUUUACUUGAUACAUUAAGACAGCUCGAGACAGAGAAAGUGGAACUGGAGACCACAGUAGUUGAUGAAAGAAAGGAGCGUGAAGCUCAACUGGGGAUAGUGAAUGGAAGAUUUAGUGAUUUCUAUUCUGUUAACUCAGAGGGCACAGCGACUGACUCUGAAGUUGACAAUGAAAGUCAAGGUGCAGAUGCUGAUACAGAUGAAGACGAUGGAACAUUCUUUGAUACAAGAGAUUUUUUAUCUGUUGAGUCACUAAGAAGUGCUUCUUACCGAAGUAGGGAAGCCAUGGGUAAUGAUUGCAUUGCAUCCACCUGUGGUAUUGAAUCCAUCUUUUCUGUCAAUGUUCAAGAUGUGACUCUAGGGGUCAGAAGAAUUGAGUAUCCCUAUGUUAAGCGGAGGAAGAAAUUGCCUGAACCAAGGGAAAAAGAAAAGCCUGUUGGAUUGUGGUCGAUAAUUAAAGAAAACAUUGGGAAGGAUCUUUCUGGAGUCUGUCUUCCAGUUUACUUCAAUGAGCCACUUUCUUCCCUCCAAAAAUGCUUUGAGGAUCUUGAAUAUUCCUACUUGGUUGAUCGGGCACUAGAGUGGGGAAGGCAGGGAAAUAACCUAAUGAGGAUUCUUCACAUUGCUGCAUUUGCUGUAUCUGGUUAUGCUUCAACAGAAGGUCGACAAUGCAAACCCUUCAACCCUCUUCUUGGGGAGACAUAUGAAGCUGAUUAUCCAGACAAAGGCCUCCGCUUCUUCUCUGAAAAGGUGAGUCAUCAUCCAAUGGUUGUUGCUUGUCACUGUGAAGGUAGAGGAUGGAAAUUUUGGGGUGACUCUAAUCUUAAAGGAAAGUUCUGGGGUCGAUCUAUUCAGCUUGAUCCUAUUGGGAUCCUCACUCUUCAGUUUGAAGAUGGAGAGACAUUUCAGUGGAGUAAAGUCACCACGUCUAUAUAUAACAUAAUUAUUGGAAAAAUUUAUUGUGAUCACUAUGGUACUAUGCGAAUAAGGGGCAGUGGCGAGUACUCCUGUAAACUCAAGUUCAAAGAACAAUCCAUCAUUGAUCGAAAUCCCCAUCAGGUGCAUGGUUUUGUGCAAGAUAAUAGAACUGGUAGCAAGGUAGCAAUGCUGAUAGGAAAGUGGGAUGAAGCGAUGUAUUAUGUGUUAGGAGAUCCAACAAUGAAGCCAAAGGGUUAUGAUCCAAUGUCAGAAGCUGUACUUCUUUGGGAGCGAGAUAAGUUUGUAAAUCAAACUCGAUACAACCUCACGCCAUUUGCUAUUUCCUUAAAUGAGCUGACACCAUCCUUGAUGGAGAAGUUGCCUCCAAGUGACUCCCGCUUAAGGCCUGAUCAGAGACAUUUAGAAAAUGGAGAAUAUGAACUGGCAAAUGCAGAGAAACUCAGACUGGAACAAUUACAAAGACAGGCAAGGAAGUUGCAAGAGAAGGGAUGGCAACCAAGAUGGUUUCGAAAAGACAGGGAGGAUGAUUGCUACCAAUAUGUGGGAGGAUAUUGGGAAGCACGUGAGCAAGGGAAUUGGGAUGGAAUUUCAAAUAUAUUUGGCCAAAGUGACAAUUUGUUGAGCAUAGAGUAAUACUUAUUUUAUCUACAUGUACAUCUAUAAUGCAAGGAAAUUAGCUAUGCAGCAAUUUAUAAUUAGGAGGAUUGACAUAUUAUCAAGUAACAGCUAUGUGAGAUCAACAUUUCACUAUGCCCCCAUCUCAUUUUAGUAGCUAUUCUUGUUGCUCAAUGAUAGUAAAAUAAACAAAGAAAUUCUGGCAGCUUGUCUAUAACACCCUCUUAGAAUCAUGGUGGUAUUGGCAUCACAAGCCUCUGCAUCGAACCUAAGGUCAAUUCAGUGUCUUGUGGGGCUGGUUAGAAGGGCUCAGCUAGAGGUACGUAUCUUUAUAUAUUAAUGCAGCUUCGGGACAAUUGACAAACUCUCAAGGUUGCUUUCUGCAAGAAAAUGGAUCAAUUUCAUGUUGCUAGCUGCUAGAAUCUCUUGGCUAGCAAAACUGGCUGCUCCAGAGGGCUUGUUUGUAUUUGUAGCAUUUGGUACCAUUUUUUCCAUUAAAGUGAUAUAUAUGAAGUGAAUUAUGCAAUUGACAAAGGUGGAACACCCAGUGGAAGAUUGCUCCAUCAUUUCUGA